UUUCUUUUGGAUCCUGAAGGGAACAGUUCUUUUCCUAAAGGCAAAGGGGGAGGCGAGGAGAAAAGAAUAAUUAACUCAGGACCCUGCAUAACCGGCCUUCCCUCCUCCACCCUGGUUUACAAGACAUUCCAAUCAUCAAGGCAAUAACUCAGGACUCUCCAGUGAUCACUCACUCAUCUCUGUUUCUCAGGUCCAUUCAAUCCAACCCCAUCUUUGGGAUUUCACCAGUCAUUCUCAUUUGAGAAUUUCAUUGUAUUAUUUUCCUACUUAUCACUGGAUUCUACUCUCUCACUUUCACCCCAUUUUGCUACUCUGUGUUCCUCUCUUGCAGAUUCCUCCAUUAUUUUCCCUUCAGCCUCCACUCUAUCAGGAGCCUUCGCUCUCCUCCAUCUCUCUCCUGAGGGACCAUCAGGAUGUCCAAUUUUAAGCUUCUCCGGUUUGCAGCCCUGCAAUUCUCCAGUGUGACAAUUACUGUGAGCUUCUCCUGAUUGCUGCUUGAGGCUGGGGUGCUGGAUUUGCUUCUUCUUCUCCCAUUUGCCCCGUCACGUCAGCGGAAGCCCCCCUCUCCUGUGGGACUCUGUGCCUUAAUGACAUUACCCGUGUCUUGCCUAGGCUGGCUGGGGGGAUAGAGAGUGUGAGCAUCCUCUCCCCCCUAAAAGGACGUGAUUGAGUUGGAAUCCCCCACCCCUUCUUCGCGCCGUCUCCGGGAGACUGAGUAGGAAUCGAGAGUAGGAUUGUGUAAAGGGAGGUCAGGAUGGCUUCCUUGCAGUUUGUCUUGAGGGGAUCUUGGAAGGGGGUGUGAUUCUCUCCCCCAACUACUCUCCGCACUCUGUGUCUCCCACUAGCUUUUCUUCAACCCCCCAUUGGUGUGUGUGGGCUACUAAGAGAUCAAGGAACAGAGCUCUCCCCAGCUGGCACCUCUCUCUUGCUGCAUCUUCAGCUAUCUGUGGUGUCAGCCUGGCUGCGCCCCGAUCCGUCUCCAUGAGGAGUAGAAGAAGAUGCUGCAACUUGAGCUGGGAGCUCCGCUCCUCCUACUGCUCCUGAGUGUCACCUCCCCGGGGGUCUCACUUCUGUCAUCCUUACGUGUUGCUGCAAUCCUUGACGACCAGACUGUGUGUGGCCGUGGUGAGAGACUGGCGCUGGCUCUUGCCCGUGAGCAUAUUAACAGUCAUACGCAGGGAUCAGCCAGUGGACGUGUGGAGGUUGAGAUUUUUGAACUGCAGAGAGACAGCCAGUACGAGACCACUGACACAAUGUGUCAGAUUUUGCCCAAAGGGGUGGUCUCCGUUCUUGGACCCUCGACCAGCCCAGCCUCUGCUUCCACGGUCAGCCACAUCUGCGGGGAGAAGGAGAUCCCUCAUAUAAAAGUGGGUCCAGAAGAGGCUCCCAAACUCCAAUACCUGCGCUUCGCUUCAGUCAGCCUGUACCCCAGCAAUGAGGACAUCAGCCUGGCAGUGUCUCAUAUCCUGAAAUCCUUCCACAACCCCUCCACCAGCCUUAUCUGUGCCAAGGCCGAAUGUUUAUUGAGAUUGGAGGAGCUCGUUCGCCAGUUUCUCAUCUCGAAGGACACUCUUUCUGUGAGAAUGUUGGACGAAUCCAAUGACCCAACGCCGCUGUUGAAGGAGAUCCGUGAUGAUAAAGUGUCUACCAUUAUUAUUGAUGCCAAUGCAACUGUGUCACACUUCAUUCUUAAGAAGGCUUCCGAGCUUGGGAUGACAUCUGCUCAUUACAAGUAUAUACUGACUACAAUGGACUUCCCCUUGCUGUCCCUGGAAGGUAUAGUUAGUGACCAAUCUAACAUUCUGGGGUUUUCAAUGUAUAACAGCAGUCACCCGUUCUAUCUGGAGUUUCUGAGGAGCCUCAACAUGUCUUGGAGAGAAAACUGUGACCGUACUACAUACCUGGGGCCUGCGCUCUCGUCUGCGCUAAUGUUUGACGCAGUGCAUGUAGUGGUGAGUGCCGUACGGGAAUUGAACAGAAGUCAGGAAAUCGGAGUCAAACAACUAUCCUGCAGUACAUCUCAGAUAUGGCAGCACGGGACCAGUCUCAUGAACUACUUGCGUAUGGUAGAGUAUGAUGGUCUUACAGGACGGGUGGAAUUCAACAGCAAAGGACAGAGGACAAACUACACCUUGAGAAUCCUGGAGAAGGCCGGCGAUGGACACCGAGAGAUCGGUGUGUGGUAUUCCAACCGCACAUUGGCCAUGAAUGCCACCAGCCUGGACAUCAACUUUUCAGAAACCCUGGAGAACAAGACACUGGUGGUUACCACUAUACUGGAGAACCCAUACAUGAUGCGCAAGUCAAAUUACCGUUCCUUGUCUGGCAACGAUCAGUAUGAAGGCUUCUGUGCUGAGAUGUUGAUGGAGCUCGCUGCUCUCCUGCAUUUCAAUUACAAAAUCAAACUCGUAGAAGACGGACUGUAUGGGGCCCCUGAACCCAAUGGCUCCUGGACUGGAAUGGUUGGGGAGCUCAUUAACAGGAAAGCCGACCUUGCUGUUGCCGCUUUCACCAUCACAGCCGAGCGAGAGAAGGUGAUCGAUUUUUCCAAACCAUUUAUGACCCUGGGCAUUAGCAUCUUGUACCGGGUGCAGAUGGGCCGGAAGCCGGGUUACUUCUCUUUCCUGGAUCCUUUCUCUCCUGCUGUUUGGCUCUUCAUGUUGUUGGCUUAUCUGGCAGUCAGCUGUGUGCUCUUCCUGGCAGCCAGGUUGAGCCCCUAUGAAUGGUAUAACCCACACCCAUGUUUACGUGAGCGCCAUCAUAUCCUGGAGAAUCAGUACACCUUGGGGAACAGCCUAUGGUUUCCAGUUGGUGGAUUCAUGCAGCAGGGGUCAGAGGUUAUGCCAAGAGCUCUCUCAACAAGAUGCGUCAGUGGUGUCUGGUGGGCAUUCACUUUAAUCAUCAUCUCCUCAUACACAGCCAAUCUUGCUGCCUUCCUCACUGUACAAAGAAUGGAGGUUCCAAUUGAAUCAGCAGAUGACCUUGCAGAUCAGACCAACAUUGAAUAUGGUACCAUUCAUGGAGGUUCCACCAUGACCUUCUUCCAGAAUUCACGGUAUCAAACAUACCAGCGCAUGUGGAACUACAUGAACUCCAAGCAGCCCAGUGUGUUUGUGAAGAGCACUGAGGAAGGAAUAGCACGUGUGCUAAAUUCACGCUACGCCUUUCUGCUGGAGUCCACCAUGAAUGAAUAUCACCAUCGUCUCAAUUGCAACCUCACCCAGAUAGGGGGCCUGCUUGAUACCAAAGGCUACGGCAUUGGAAUGCCUCUAGGGUCUCCGUACAGAGAUGAGAUCACUCUUGCAAUUUUGCAACUUCAGGAGAACAAUCGACUGGAGAUACUGAAGCGCAAGUGGUGGGAGGGAGGCAAAUGUCCCAAGGAGGAAGACCACAGAGCCAAAGGACUAGGAAUGGAGAAUAUUGGAGGAAUAUUUGUGGUUCUGAUCUGUGGUUUAAUAAUUGCCGUGUUUGUGGCCAUUAUGGAAUUUGUCUGGUCAACAAGACGUUCUGUGGACAAUGAGGAGAUCUCAGUUUGCCAGGAGAUGCUGAGUGAGUUACGUAGUGCUGUGUCUUGUAAGAAGACAUCUCGUUCCCGACACCGACGGCGCCCACCUCGCCAUCUGCAUGGCCGGACUCUGCUCUCUUUGAGCCGACCUCCCCGUUCCACCCGAGAGACCCGACUUUGCAAUGGGCGCCUAUAUCAACCCCAUCAGCACCCUCCUGCCCCACCUCACCCACCCCCUGCUCCUGGUGCCCAGCGACUUCAUGAGGACCCUCCGUCUUCAUCCACCCGUGGAGGGUGUGCUCACUUUAGAAUUUGUCAAGAAUGCAGGCGGAUACAGACUUUGAGAGGUCCACCACCACUUCCCCGACCACCUCAGUCCCCCAAACCCCCUCCCCCACCUCCACCUGCUCCUGAAAAUGUAACGCCCCAUUCACACCACCGGAGACUGGUAGACCCUUUAGAUGCUGGAGCACCUGAGUGAAACAGGAUUUCAGAUGUCGUCUUAUGGAGACUAGCUGGUGUAUGGACCAUUAAAAAGCAGGGGAAGAAUGAGACAUGAAGAGGGAGAAUUAAGGGCACAAUGAGCCUGGACAUUUGCCCAUUCUCUCUGUUCCUCCCAAUGCUCUGUCUUGGAGUGGGAGCCUCCUCUGUAUUCAUCAGAAACACUGCGAUGCCUCAGUCUUUUACAAUGUACGCUGUGCGUGCGAAAUAAACUGCCCCUUCCCAAA